AUGGCUUGCACUGACGUCACUUCCGCCAACGCUGGGUUAGGUUUCCGCCAUAUCGGAGCACCCGGAGCACCACCAUAUGGCUCCACAAGUUUGUAUGGGUGUUCUGUGGCACCGCGCUGUUAGUCGCAUGCGAAUGGCACUGUUGUGCAAUGGCUAUUUGCGCAGUUGUUGGGUGUUGCAACCGCAGUAAAAGCAGCUCGAGGAAGGACUCGGCAAACACGAACCUUUUUCGGCUUCCGAAGGUUGUGGAAUGGCAAGACGAACGAACGAAAGCACUUAGCUCGAAGCGGCGCAGCCUGUGGCUUGCGCGUAUCAAGCGUGCUGAUCUCAAGGGCGAUCUCCCAAACAUUCGAGUGUGCGGCGCCCACUUCGUAGCAGGGAGACCGUCCAAGCUCUGUGAAGAAACGAACCCGGACUGGGCGCCAACGCUUUUGCUAGGCUACAAAGCAAAUAAUGAAGGCACUGCGCGCUACGAGCGUGCUGCAAAGCGACGGUUCAAACGAACGACUCCCGAGGUCGACGCGGUGACCGCUGCACCGGCAAGAGCUUUUGGAGUCGGCGCAACGCCAACCGAAAACCGCUACGACGACGGUGACGACGACCGCACAUACGCAGACAGCCCGUCACUGCCGCGAGCCGAAUGUGAAGGCCAGGCUGCCGAAAAUGAAUCAGGAGCUGCUGUACAGGCAGAGAUGACCAUGACAGACAUUGCAGCAUUAGAGCAACAGUGCACUGCACUAAAUGAUAACUUGUCUGCCCUGCGUGCUCAGAUUCACCAACUGGAAUGGACUGAAGCAGCGUUCAGAGAGAGUAAAGCCAAGGUCGUCUACUACACAGCGAUGGCAAACUUUGAUAUUCUGUAUGGCAUAUUUAAAGUUCUGGAGUGCUAUGUCCCACACGGUGUGAACAACAGUCUAUCAAAAUUUCGAGGGUUUAUUCUGUUUAUAAUGAAGAUGAAGCUGAAUUUGCACGACACUGACCUUGGCUUUAGAUUUGGAGUUUCAGAGGCUACAGUGUCGCGCAUUUUUGAUAAGUGGCUUUAUGUUGCAGAUUGUCGAUUGAAGCCAUACAUUUCAUGGCCAGACCGAGUCUCACUGCAGCAGACCAUACCACAAGCUUUUUUUGAUUCAUUUGGUGCAAAUGUGGCCACAGUAAUUGACUGUUUUGAAAUAAAAAUAGAGCGGCCAUCAUCGUAUGAGGCUAGAAGUGAGACAUGGUUGCAAUACAAGCAGAGUAAAACUGCUAAGUUUCUCAUUGGCACUGCUCCUCAAGGUGUUGUCACCUUCAUCUCAGAAGGUUGUGGAGGGCGCUGCAGUGAUAAGCAUAUCAGAGAACAUUGUGGCAUUCUCGAUAAUCUGCAUCCUGGUGAUGUUGUGCUUGCUGACAGAGGCUUCAAUAUCUCUGAGAGUGUUGGCUUCUUUUGCGCGCGUUUGCAUGUUCCAGCGUACACAAAAGGCAAAAAACAACUGGCCCGCCCGUAUCGGGUCGAGGACUUCCGGUACACGUUAGCUCAGCAUGAGCUGCUCGGCGAGGUUAUCGCCCUGGGGGCCUAUCGGAUGAGCCACGUGUGGGCCGUUGCUCUCAAGGAUUCUGAAGCAGUAACGAAGAUUGUCAGCGUCGGUGAGCUACCUGUGAAAGGAAACCGCUGCCUGGUGAAUGAUCCGGCGAACCAGGACGUGCGACUCAAGCUUCACUGGCUGCUACACAACGUGCCGGACGAAGACGUACGGGCCGCCUUUGCGUCAUACGGGAAAGUCACCGAAGUUUCCCGGGAUCGUUGGCGUGUGCGGGGUAUGUCAGAGAAGGGCUCCACAACGAGGCUCGUCACACUUAAGCUGAAAGCUGGCGUCAAGCUCGACGACUUGCCGCACCAGCUCAACGUUAGCGGUGAGGUGGCGCUCGUCGUCGUACCAGGCAGGCCUCUGUUAUGCCUUCGCUGUCGUAAUACGGGCCACAUCCGUAAAGAUUGUCGGGUCCCACGUUGCGGAGCCUGCCCACGGUUCGGCCAGGAAGACGGCCAAUGUGCCCGCACUUAUGCGAGCAUCGCUGGCCCCGGAACAAUUGAAGACUCGUCUGAGCUGCUAAAUGACGAGGCGGACGCGGUGGAAGCGGCCCGUGAAACUGCGCAACCAGCGACUCGGGAUAAGCCUACGUUGAGGCCGCUGACGAAGCAGAGUGCGACGACGUCCAAUGCAGUAACGGCAAGUGCAACGUGA